UGGGGAAACAGGAGGCGAGCCUAUUGUGUGCAGAACAUUUCUGCAUUGUCAUACUACGUUGCUGCCCUUCGCCGUUCAGCCUCCCCACCGAGCCGCGGCUGGAAGCUCCAGGUCUGAGCAGAGCCACCACGCACUGCAGGCGGACGGAGGGCCGUGGCGAGCCGGGUGGAGGGAACCCAGCGCUGUGGAAGGAGGACGGGAGAGGAGCCGGCGUUAUCAUGACUGAGAAACGGAUGUCGCGGUGGUAUUUCGGGGGGCUGGCCUCCUGCGGAGCCGCAUGCUGCACCCAUCCUCUGGAUCUCGUCAAGGUCCACCUGCAGACACAGCAGGAAGUGAAGAGGAGGAUGGUUGGGAUGGCUGUGCACGUGGUGAGGAAUGACGGAGUGCUGGCUCUCUACAGUGGCCUCUCCGCCUCCCUGUGUCGACAGAUUACCUACUCCCUCACCAGAUUUGCCAUCUAUGAGACAGUCAGAGACAUGAUGGGCAGCACUGGCAAGGGACCAAUGCCUUUUUACCAGAAGGUCCUGCUGGGAGCAUUUGGAGGAUUCACUGGUGGGUUUGUUGGGACUCCAUCAGACUUGGUGAAUGUCAGAAUGCAAAACGACAUGAAGCUGCCACCAGAGCAGAGAAGAAACUAUAAACAUGCUGUCGAUGGACUCUACAGAGUCUUUAGAGAAGAGGGUGUGAGAAGGCUGUUCUCAGGAGCCUCCAUGGCGUCUGGCAGGGGGGCGCUGGUCACUGUGGGGCAGUUGGCUUGUUAUGACCAGGCCAAGCAGCUGGUGUUGGGAACAGGCGUGAUGGGAGAUAAUAUACUCACACACUUCCUUUCCAGCUUCAUAGCGGGAGGCUGCGCUACGUUCUUGUGUCAGCCUCUGGAUGUGCUCAAAACCAGGUUGAUGAACUCAAAAGGAGAGUACACAGGAGUAAUGCACUGCUUACGGGAAACGGCCAAACUGGGUCCGCUGGCAUUUUACAAGGGUCUUGUCCCAGCCGGGAUCCGCCUGGUUCCCCAUACAGUUCUCACCUUUGUUUUCCUGGAGCAACUCAAGAAGUACUUCGGCAUUCGCAUCAUCUCCUGAUCCGCUCCUUGGCUCCGUCACUGCCAAUCAUGUCCUCCUUCCUCAUCCUGCUCCUCAUUAUUCACAAGUAAAGAAGGGAAAGGGGGACCUGAACAGUUCGUCCUGGUGCUUUUCCCUCUCCUUUUUUUCCCUCUACCUCCAUCCCACAAGUGGAUUUACGCGACUUGCAUCGAAAACCAACAGUUCUGGUCAUUCUUUUGCUCUUUUACAUCAGAAAUGGGGGGGAAAAACAGAUUCAAAGCUGCUGGAUUGAGGUUAAUAACAUCAAUAGAAUAUUAAUCAAGUGUCAGAGAUUACUGUUAUUGUUUAAUCAUGAUGUAGUUUUGGAAACUGAGUUCAGAUCGUACGUGUUUAACAUUACACGUUGGUUGCAGGCAAAAUUUUAACCUCGGCUGAUUCCAUAUCAUGUGCUGUUUAUUAAUCUGACCUAAAAUCUAAUCUAUUAGUUGUGAUAAUUUCAGAAGUGACACAAAGUGAGGAAUAACUGCAAACUGCAGCUUAGUUUACAGUUCUCUAAAGCAAUUUUGAUUUUAUCAAGAGAGCACAACAUCAUCCAGAAGUUGUAAACAAAUGCAGCGCAGCUUUAUCAGUUCCCAUCUGACCAAUCAAUAAUGGAUUUACAAAGUCAUAAAUCUAAGACGCCUGUUUAUUUUCACUCGGUAAUCAGUGAGCAAACAGCGGGGUUGAUAAAUUGAGUUCAACAUAAAAUAUUUGUUUUGUUUUUGUUUCCACCUUAAUAUUUUUUAACAAAAUCAAAACACUGACUGAUUAAAAUGUGAUUAAUUUCUUUCCGUUGCUUCCUUAAUUCAUUCCACUGUCGCAUUUCACAUCACGUCUAAAAACGGAGAGGACCAAGUUUGUUUGGAUCACUUUUUACACAACGAGUUAAAAGAAAACUGAGGUUUUCUCCACACAUAGCUGGGUCUUUUUUUUUUUUUAAAACAAAUAUCUUCACCACAUUGUUUAAAAAAAAUAAUACUGUGCACAUGGGAUCGGUUUUAGAAAAAGUUUUCAGCCACAUCAACUUGCACAAAGCUGCUCCUGGCUGUUGUUUUUUUUAAACAUGCCAGACCCAUAGGGGGCAGUGUAGCACAAAGCUAAAACCUGUGUCAGCCAAUCGGAUUGAAAUGUUUAAACGCAUUUCAAUUUCCUGGCGCCAUGUUUAAUUCCCAUGGCACCAGGAAAUUGAAAUUUAUGAAGUUAAAAAAAACAUAGGUCAAUGUCAAUUGGGAAUAAUGUCAAACAAAUUAUACUAUGUGGAUUUAUUGUUGCAUUAUUUGUCCUCUUUGGUCGGAGUUUAUAAAUAAUUGUUUUUAGUGAUAUUAAACUGAGUUUUCCUGUGGAUGAAAGACCAAAAGGCUUUUUUUUUUUCACCCCAGAUAUCUGGCUACAUGUGUACUAGGCCUGAAAUACAUAAAGACAUCUGAUAAUACAUAAAAAUUAUUCUGUCUCCAAGAUCCUAACAACAUUCUAUAUCUACUCUAAGGAUACGGUUUAAAAAGGCAGUAUUGUGUAAAAUCUCCAUUUUUCAGCAUUUCAUUAUGUUAUAAUAUUCACUGGUCAAAAACAUACCUGGAGUGCUGCCUUGAUUCUUACAUGUAUGAUCGAGAAAUCUUUGAAUCUCCCACGGCAACCAUUUCAGGGUGGUUGCCUUUUACACGCAGCUCCCCUCUGCAGCUGCAGUUUCCAGUCGGGCUUCUGCCUCACAGAGCCAUCCACCUCCUUGACUCUCUCAAUCAGCUCCUUCAGACUAGCCAGCAGCAAUUAGCAAACACUUGGAGGAACUACGCCGCAUCUGCUGAGCUCAUUAUACAAACUGCUUUUCAGGGCAAUGCUCCUAUGAACAAUGUUAAAGGCUUAAUAGAGGAACACUGAUGUGAUGACUUGCUGAAGGCGGAGUGUUGGAAAGAGCAGGAACUUCUUAAAGGGACAAAGCCCAAUUCCAAUGUGUUAGAUUGCAAAGUCGAAUUAAGUGAUUCUCGAUAUAGAUGGAGCAUUUUUAUAACAACUAAAGGUAACAUGAUUACUUGAUUGUGCUAUAAAAUGGUACUAUGUGCCUGUAAAAUGCAUAAUGCUGCCUCUUUAAACAACAGCUCUUUUUCAGUCUGCAAUAUUGGUUUUAAAACGCGCUUUAUUUAAAACUUGAUACAACACUGACUGACCUGCUUUUAACAAAGGGACGACAUUUAAGAUUCAAAAUAUUCAAACUGAAAUUGUGGAUGAAUCCAGUUUCAAAUGUUUUUCUGUUUCUUUCACUCAUAAGAUGUAAAGAAUAUCUUCCCUCUGCAAGCCGUGCCUGCUCGAGUCUUGCUGCCUUAUAGUAUCUGUCCUGUAGGGGGCAGUGCUGUUACAUGUGAAUUGUCCUGUUUUAUGCACCCGAGAGGUUUUCUAUCUUCAUCUCAGGAUGAAACCUGUGGCAUCUACUGUAUUUACAUUCACUGAAGUGGAACUGUUGGGACAGUUAUGAGUCAGUAAGUUUCAAUAUUGUCGAUCUUUCACUAAUACAUUUGAGAAUUAAAGGACUAAUUGAAACUG